UGGGGCAAGUGCCAGUGAGGUGUUCGAGUGAGACAGGCUUAGGGGUGACACUGAGAGGAUCUAGUGAGUAAGUGGGUGUGCGUCCAAAUUUAUAACAGUCCUUCAUGCCAUCAAGGAAAACGUAUCAGUACAAAGUCGUAAUUCCGUGCAAACAAUUCUAAUCCUUCUGGAAUAUCCCGGGAAUCAGGAAUGUGAUAGAGAGACUGGGAAAAAAAUAUCUGUACUAGGAUAUUGGUGAACAUAUUAAAUAGUGAAAGACUGGUUACUAGUUAGUACUGACAACCCUUCGUAGUGAUGUCAUGAUAUAAAAACUAGUGCGAAGAAGAGACGAAAUUAUGACUUCAAAGUUAUUCCCCGAUGGUCGAAAAACCUUGAUAAAACGCACACGAAAAGUAUCUACAGCGAAGUACAUUAAACAAACAAGGACAAGCUGUGCACUAUAAGAGGGAAGCUUGUGGCGAAGCAGUUAGCGACAAACAGGAGGAGAGAUAGGGGAAGAGAGGAAAUGGUUGGAGAGUAAUAUGAGGAUAUAAAGCACCUUGAAACCAAAAUGUGACGUCACAAAAACGUCACAAACUUACGCGAACGCCCACAACUUUAUCAAGCCCACCGCUUACGAUGACCGACGUGGGCGUAGAUGGUGAUCGUUGUGUGGGCGGCAGUAAAGGAGGAAGAGGUGUGGGGAAUGGGCUGAGUUUAUUGGACGGAGAUUCGUGGGAAACGAAAGCUAACGAACUCUUUAAUCUGUGCGAUCGAGAAAGCAAAGGAUUUAUCACCAAACGCGACUUGCAGAGGCUGUGGGGGGAGCUCCCUCUGGGUCCGGACGAGUUGGAGGGCGUGUUCGAUUCCCUGGACGAAGACCACAACGGCUUCCUCUCCCUUGAGGAGUUCACUGACGGAUUCGGUCGACAUCUUGGCCUGAUUGUACAGUUCAGAGCAGACGAAGAAUCUCUCCUGACCUCCGGAGCCGCGAUCGAGGACGAGAAUGGAAACGAGGACGACGAUGAUGCCACAGAUCUCUCCAAGGAACAGCUGGAUUACCUCCUCGAUAGACUCCUCCAGCAGGACCUGGAGAGCAACUCGGCGGUCGUGGAAGCUGUGUGGAGACAGGUGUGCGGCGCGAGGACAGGUGUGGACGAGGUGGAAGACGGGAGCGAGGGAGGAGGAGGAAGAGGAGGAGGAGGAGGAGGAGGGGGCGACGUCUCUCCCUCCCAUGGUGCCGGGCUAGGACGUCUCGUGGUCGCCCUCAUGCAGGAGCUUACCAGGAUGAAGCUUGCCUCUGGGCGGCCAAGGCGGAAGGACUACAACAAGCAGGUCUCGAAGUUGUACGAGGAGCUAGAGUGUCAGAUCAGCGGAGAGAGGUCAAAGGUGGCACUCGAGCACAGCCAGAAGGAGGCGCGCGCACUCGCUAGUUUGGAGGGUGAGGUAGCAGAGAGGGAGGCGGCGCUACGGAGCCUGGAAGACGAACAGCUGAAGAUGAGGCAGAGGCUUGAGCAGGUUCUGGCAGCUGAGACCGCAGCACGAAGCGAAAAUUCGUUCCUCUCGCAACAUGUGGAGAAGCUCGAGGCCGACUUGAACCGCCGAGAAUCCGAAGUGUAUGAGCUACAGUCCGCCCUCGACGCCCUCAAGCAUAAGACUAAGGAGGAGAAACGCAGGAGAGCUCACCAAGCCUUCAAGGUGACGGAGGGCAUCGCGAGGGAGAGGGAGAGCCUGGUCACGCAGCUGGACCUCCUCCGCUCCAUCAACACGCAGCUGAGGGACGAGCAGGACCAGGCCGGGGGACCGCACAGCCACCUGCGUCGAAGGUGCAGAGAGGGCGGGGGCGGCCUUGGUAGCUCUGGCUCCUCAAGCUCCGCCUCCACGCCAACGUCGACCAAUGGCUUGGCAGGAAACGGCGGCGUCUUGUCCCAAUCGACGACGGAGGGCGGAGUUAAAGUUGAGAUGACCCCGCCCACUGACACCCGACCGAUACCGCCCAGUCACCUCCCUCUCCUACCUAGCCCCGCCCAUUGCCUUUCUCUACCUCCAGGUGCGUGGUCACCGUCCAACCGGAGCAGCGACUGUGAACACGAUGAGGAUUAUUUCAACAAUGCAGCCAUAGGCAUAGGACCGCCCAUGCCGCCCUUGGAGAGCACCACGCCCCUAGAGCAAAGUCUCCUGAGGGAGUUGCUGGAGCAGCCCGUCCUCUGCGCAUCGUGCGGGGGAACCAAUCCUACCGCGAUAGCUCCCACGCACGCUCGUCUCCACCGUAAGGACUCCAUGACCCAGACUCCUUCUCCCUCCUCCUCCGCCUCCUCCCCCUCUCGCCUCCCCCCUACCCCCGCCCCACGAAGGAUCGAUUCCUCUUCCAACACGGAUUCAAGGGAGAGAGAGAAGGACGAAAGGGAAGAGGAAGAGGAGGAAAAGGAAGAGAGUGACACGUUGUUAGAAGUCGGUGUGGAUGGAAGGUGUCUUUGUGAGAGACGCGACAGCCAGUCCUCCGUGAGCUCUCAGCACUCCGCCACCAUCCUCAUCUACCACCCGGGCCGUCGCUCCUCCUCGCCCGACGCCCACCCGUCUGACGCCCAGUUCCCUCCUGCUGGUCCCGCCCACCCUCCUCUCACACGCACCCCUGCCAGCCACCAGAAACUCCCGCAGAGCACCCCGCCCAGGCCCAGACACUCCAGCCUCGGCGUUCGGUUUUCGGACGAGCUUGAAGUGCAGUUCUUUGAGACCGGGGAUGGAGACGGCAGCUCCCGCGUUGUCAGGAGGCAAAUGGUUGACCUCGCUCACGCUUCCGAUGUGUGUUCGAGCGCAGUUGGAUCGGGAUCUGAGUGCACAUCGGGUCAAGGAGGUUCGAAGGGGUCCGGUACCGGGUUAUGCGGAUUUUCAUGCGAAAACAUUACUGAUGGAGAUGGAACUUCACAUGAUAUCAGCGCCAGCGCGGUAUGUAAAGGGGGGAACGGACUGAAUAAAUACGUCACCGGAGACUGUGAAGAUUCAGAAACCGGCAGAGGACGUGGAAGUUCAGAGACACCGAAAUCCAACGGCCUCUCCAGGGGCGACGGAACGGGAGAUUGCAAAACAUCAUCUGACGAAAAACAAAGGGAUAAGGACGACGAGAGCGACUGCAGUAAGCAUCAGAGCCAACAGCAACACCAGCAAUAACGACAACAAGUACAACUACACCAACGGCAACGACAGGAACCACCAUGGCAACAGUCUCGAAGAAGACGAAGCCACUCAGCCAACGCGCAUCCUCAACCUGCAGGUCCUCGAGCCAAGAAUGACGCAACACCUCAAGCUGCAUUAC